AUGGGUGACGUUAUUGGCCUACCUUGUGAUGAGGGGCAGCAGAGCAAUGCAGAGUUGGUGCAGAGGUUGCCGCCUAGGCAAGCUCAGCCCAUGGAGAGCAACAGCAGCGCCUCACAGGUAGCGGUCCCAUUCCGGAUUGCUGAUGGGCGUCCACCACAUCGAGAUUUGCUGCUGCCAGAGCAGGGUUUGCUGGACAUGAUUGCAAAGCUGCGAUCAGAGAGGCACCACCUGGACGUGAUUGGAGAUGCCCCUGUUGACGACACUGAGACCAGUGAGAAGCAGGAGGUCCCAGAGGGAAAGGUGUUGAGAUUGCCAAAGUUGGGCCCUCGAUUGCCGCGGGAGCCGCUGGAGCAGGCUGCUCAACCGCAUGCUGGUUCGCCUCACCGUGGCAUGCCUGAUGAGGAUGAUGUGCCACCUCGUCUGCCGCGUGGAGGGGAUGUGCCACAACAUUUGGACCCAACCAGGCUGCAACAUGCAAGGGCAACGCUGCCUUUUACACCACGACAGUUGCCACAGGUGGGCGAAUUGGGCGAGCGCCCGCCGGACCAUGAAGAGCGGCGUUGGAUUGAAGCUGCGGUUCGACGAAUGUUUCUGCUGCUGAGUCCUGCGCACUAUGAGGCGCUGAUGGAAGCCUUCAGGGAGUGGAAACUUCCACCGGCCACAGUCAUUGUGAAACAGGCCACGCCGGUCUCCCAGGGGCCAAGCCUUUGCGUGCUUUUGGAUGGCGUCAUAGAUGUGCUGCACUGCCCAACUGGUGCCACGACCAGUGAGAAAGUUUGCACAUACGACCGUUGUGGCCAAUGCUUUGGCGAGCUGGAACUCUUCUACGAAAAACGAGGACAAGGCGCCGGGCGCAAGUUGCAUUGGGCUACCAUUGCUACCCGCACGGAAGUCACACUCUGGACAGUUGCAGCGCCUGUAGCCUUGUGA